AUGAGGCCCAUGCCCAUCAUCCGGAGCAGGACGGGCUGCUUCACUUGCCGUCGUCGCAAGAAGAAGUGCGAUGAGAAGAAGCCCGUGUGCAGCGGCUGCAAGCGUAACAAGCUCGAGUGUCACUGGCCCGAGCCGACUAACAAUACCAACAACUCCUCAUCUUCAUCGUCUCAGCCGCGGACUAGCAAGGCCAGUGCCUCGGUCGCCCCGGACUCGGCGUCGGCGGGUAUCCAUCGUCCAGUUCAAGUCACGACUGAGCGCCGUUCCUUCUCACAACCUCUCCAGCAUCGCCGGCAGCAGACCGAGCUUGAAUCGGACCAUGAGCCGGAGGCCGAGCCGGACCCGGAGGACCAGCCGACGAUUGUCGUCUUCGCCUCGUCACAUCCCGGCUUGCUCCAGAACGGACCCGGCUUCACUAUCAACGGCGGCAUCCCCAUGCCAAUGUCGAUGCUGCCUCAGCAAGGUCACCAUUCCUACGAGCUUCUCAGUUACUAUCUAGCACGGACAGCCAACAGCAUGGGCAACGGCUCAACAGACGUCAACCCCUUUAUCGCCAAGCUCAUCCCGCUGGCCUUUUCCAAACCUCUAGUCUUACAACUCAUCCUCGCACAAAGUGCCGCUCAUCGUCAGGCGUCGGCUGAGCCGCUGCCAACUGAUGAGGUCGCCCAGAGAUACUAUACGGACUCGCUACGCAUGUUUAGGAAUGUCGUUGAUGAAUACGUCUCUGGGAAUGCUGAGAAUACUCUCGUCUUGACUGUCGGAAGUCUCAUCAUGUGCUUGACCGAGGUCGCCAAAGGAGAUAUUCACGGCACCAUCUUUGACCAUCUUACAGCCUCCAAGUCAUUAGUGAGCACCUUACUCACUGGAGGCCAAACAGAACCGUAUGGCGACUUGCCGGAUUUUCUUAUCGAAUACUACAUGCACAUGGCAGCCACCAGCAUGAUCUCCAUCGAUCCCCAGUACAACUCGCAAUCACUAUUAAGUCCAGACAUCGAAUUUCGAGCCAGAGAGCUCGUCGCUCGGAAAUAUGUCGGUCAACUAUGCGGGUGCUGGCUGGAACUUCUCAUCCUCAUCUCACAAAUCUUCCAUCUCGGACAAAGCAUGUUGGCAGUCGUAGAUGGACAAACAGUUCCCCCAAGUCCCGAUAGCAUCGUCAACUUUGCCUUUCUCCAGUCACAGGUCAUGGGCUUCUUCCCUGAUCCUUCAGUCAGUCCCUACUCGAGACUCGCUGGCCUGGUAUGGAAACAGGCGGUUCUACUCUACCUCUGGUCGGUGCUGGGCACACCUCAACCACAAGCCAGCAACAGUGUCCACAAGGCUUUGAUGGACUCCGCUGUGGCAGAAGCCAUCACAUUACUCGAUCAGUUUCCCGCCAGCGAGAGGAUAAACACGAGUCUUUGCUGGCCCCUUGCCGUCAUCGGCUGCUGCACGUCAGACCCGAUUGUGCAACAGGUUCUAAGGGACCGAUUACAGACCAUGCUAGACACUAUCGGGCUAGGGAAUAUGAGGCAAACUCUAGUGCUGCUGGAACAUAUUUGGCAGGAGCCGCUGGACCAAGUCAGUCCUUGGACCUUGUGUAGGGCGAUGCGGGAGCACCAGAUCUGGAUAUCAUUUGCGUGA